AGUGGGUGUCCCUCACUUAUAUUUAAUCUUCCUGUAGAAACAAGUUCCACAGCCUUUCCUCCUCCUCCUCUGCCUCCAUCGAACCAGCCAAGCUCACACACCAUCACAAUGGCUUCAGAGAAGAAGCUAUCAAACCCAAUGAGAGAAAUCAAGGUCCAGAAGCUGGUCCUCAACAUCUCCGUCGGUGAAAGCGGAGACAGGCUCACUCGUGCCGCCAAGGUGCUCGAACAACUCAGUGGCCAAACCCCGGUGUUCUCGAAAGCUAGGUAUACUGUGAGAUCUUUUGGGAUUAGGCGUAAUGAGAAGAUAGCUUGCUAUGUGACUGUGAGGGGAGACAAGGCUAUGCAGUUGCUUGAGAGUGGGUUGAAGGUGAAGGAGUAUGAGCUUUUGAGGAGGAACUUCAGUGACACUGGGUGCUUUGGUUUCGGCAUCCAGGAGCACAUUGAUCUUGGAAUCAAGUAUGACCCUUCCACUGGUAUUUACGGCAUGGACUUCUAUGUUGUUUUGGAACGUCCUGGGUACCGUGUUGGUCGUCGUCGCAGGUGCAAGUCACGUGUUGGCAUUCAUCAGAGAGUUACAAAGGAUGACGCGAUGAAAUGGUUCCAGGUCAAAUAUGAAGGAGUCAUCCUUAACAAAUCCCAAAAUAUUGGAUCUUAGAUCUUUUCCUGACUUUUUUAAGUUUAAAGCUUGGGAAGUCAACCUUUGGCAGGUUUUUAUGUACCUGGAGUUAUAAUUUUCGUCUAGAAUUUCUUGAAGUGGUAGAGAAUCUGAAGCUCUAUGUUUUUGUGUUCUUGUGUCGCAGCUUGUGUUUUUAUCAAUAUAAUUCUGUUCGAUUAUGCAGAUAUCAAGCAUCCAGUAUUCCCAAUCAAAAUCAAUGUGGUUUGUUUGUCUA